UUCUACAUGUUUACGCGUCCUUCCCAACUAUAAAUAUAAACCCUUAGCUUGCCCCCGGAUGUCCCUUGUUCAAACCCUGAAAGGACGCUCCACUAAUUUACAUACGAUAAGCUUCUACUACAUAUAUUGUGUCUGUUCGAGAGAGUAGUUAGGGAAGGAAAUGAAGAUAUCAACAGUAACAGUAGUAUUGAUUUGUAUGGUAUUAUUGCCUGAUUUUACUCAUGCUGUUUUCUUUUCAUCUCCACAGACCCCUGCUCAACAACCCGCUGCCGCUGCUGACGAAUUCUGCGACGGAAAAUGCAGUGUAAGGUGCAAGCUAAAAGGGAGAAAUUCAAGGUGUUUUAAGUACUGCAUGAUGUGUUGCGGGAAGUGCAGAUGUGUUCCUUCUGAUACUUUUGGGAAUUUGAAUGAAUGCCGCUGUUACAGAGACUGGAAGAGCCCUAAUGGCAGGCCUAAGUGCCCUUAAUUAAACUACCACUGGGCACCAACCCAUUUUAUUCAUUUCCUACCGCCUGUUUGGCACGCAUAACAACUAGCAUUUAGUAUUUGAGAUCUAUCUUGUACUUGUAUUUAUGUUAGGAUUGUUUUGCUAGCGUCUACCAUCAUGAAGUAUGUGUUAUAUUUUGUGUUCUAUCUAUCUUGUAUCCAAAUUGUUACCUAGUCACUGUUUUUGGUGCUGUAUACUCUCUCUUUCCCUUUCAAUUUGUGCUAUAAAACUUAAAUAUAUAAGAGUUUUUUACUCUAAAGCAAAUUCAAAGUGGGGGAGAGAAAGUUAUAAAAAACCACCCGACCAAAACUUUAAGUAAUGGUUGAGGUUCCAAGAUAUGUUAUAUAUUUAUAUAUACUCUAAUGGUAUUAACUUUGCUCUGAUAUCAUGUCAAAGAAUCAAUU